AAAUUGUUUAACCUAAAACAAUAAACAAAUUGUAGUGAAAUAUUUAAACUCUGUAGUAAUUUGCUAUAAAUUAUUAUAAUAAUAAAUUUAAUAAUUUCUUAAGCUAAACGGUGCAUGUUUAGAAAUACUUUCAAUUUGUCUAUUUUACAUUUAAUUGACAAUUAUUGACAAUAGUGUUUUUUCUCCUACGAACAUUGUUCUCUUUGAGUGAAACUUUGUUAGAGUUGAAUUAUUCAAGUGUCAAUCUCCGUGGCUGAAAGUUAUUAGAAAAACACUUGCGUAUUUAGAUCGUUUUUGUGAAAGAAAACCGAUUUAUACAUUUUUGCAUUUGUUUAAACAAGUGUAAACGUAUUCUAUAAAUAAAAGGAAAUUUCAACAAAAGAAGGAACAGAAAAAAUAUCAAUCGCAAGCAUGAAAGUAAUGAUAAUAAGUCUAGUCAUUUUGACAGUUGUUUACAAAAUUAAAGCUGCCGAACCCUAUUUACAAUGCUGGCAUUGUAGUUCAGAUACCCAUGGAUCUGAAGACUUUUGUGGCAAUGAAUUUAAGGAAAGCAAUAUACCUGACUCAUUAAAGGAACGCAAUAUUAGUGUGAUGCGCAGCUGCAACAGUACCAUCAAUUCUGAACAUGAAAGAGCCGUCUGUCGCAAAACCAUAGAAGAAAUUAAUGGCAAACAGGUGGUAAAACGUUUCUGUUAUUACACCAAUAAAUCAGAUACUUUGGAUCAUUGCCGAAAUGAACCCACCGAAAAGAAUGUUAAUCGGGUGUUUUGUGAGGACUGUCUAACCGAUAAGUGUAACAAUGCAUUUAAAUUCGAUAUUUCAUGGAGUAUUCUCUUCAGCGCCACUUUGCUGACAUUAUUCUUAGCCAUAAAAACUAAAAGAGUUUAAAUUUUAGCAUAAAUUAAAAAAAAAAAAAAUAAUUACAUUUUCCAAAAAGACAAUUCCAUGUUUAAGAAUAACAGCCAUUUAACUUAUAAGUGAACACAAAAAGUCAGUCCACUUAUGUAAAGUAUUUUUAAAAUUUAUUUUAAGUUAAAAUUUGGUAUUCAGUUGAAAAAAAAAAUUAAAUUAUAAAUUUUAAUUUGUGAUAUUUGUUUUAAAAUGCAUUAUAAAUUAAGUAAAUGUAGCUGUAAGCUGUUGAAUUUGUUUAGAUUUUAAUUUUAAAUUAUGUUAAAAUUUAUUUGUUUUUUAUAUAUGUAAUUUACAAAGCAAAACGUCAUUUCUACAUACUUUCGUAUUAAUUAAACAUGCAACUAAUUGAAAAGUUCAAGUUCAACACAAAUAUUUUAAUUUACAUAUAUUCCUAAAGCAGAAUUAAUUUAAUACACAAUACACACACCCACUCACCUCCGAUUUUUUCCGGUUUCCUGCAAUUAAAAAUGAUAAAUAUUAUUAAAAAAAGUUUUUGUUUAUAUAAAAAUAUAGCUGUUUUUAAAAAGAAAUUUAAUAAUUUAAAAAUUUUAUGCCAAUAUUAACUGUAUUUUAGUUUGUUUUAAAUUUGUAUAAAAUAAAAAUAUUUGCCUUAAUAAACAAUUACUUCAUGCAUAUACCAAAUAAUAAUAAUUCUUCAAAAUUAAUAAAACUAAAUUUGAAAACUGAAAAAAGUCAGCUUAUAAAUUGGUAUCAAGCUUUAACCUCCUUUCAAAAGAAGAGAGUACAUGUAACAUAUAGUUUCUUCCUAUCAACUAAUUUUAAAACUUAAUAACAGAUACUAAACUAUCAUAAUGCAUGUAAGGCUUGAAUAAGUUCAAAGUUCAUGAACUUUUUGUAGCACACGUGUUUUAUAUGUGAUUGUAGUAUCUCACGCAAUAAUUUUAGUUCCUUUUAGAUAAAAUUCUUUAACUUGUUGAUGCAUUAGAUGGAAUAAUAGGUGGGAUUUAUAUUGGAGCGUAUAUUAUAUCUGGAUUGUAUGAUUGACAUAUAAACUAGCAGCCUAACACAAUCAUACAUUUAACUGUGAAAUGGAAUUGAUUCAAUGAGAAAAUAAGCUAGGCGACACCAAAUGAAAAGGCUUCGGUGUUGAUUCUAUCACUCGUUUUGACUACCCUUAUCCCCAUAUCAUUUGGAUAGGAUUUUUUAUAAAUUAUUUUGUUAUACUUUUUCAAGUUUACUUGGUAUUAACUUUGGUAUAUUCUAAUCUUUUUAUGUUAUGUUCGGUUGAAUAGUUUGCGAAGUCUUUCUAAGAUUCCAAAUCUUCUAUGUUACACAUGGUGCUUCCUAGGCGAUAUCGGCUCUCGUAGGAUAAGCGUCAAACUUCUCUCUAUCCUUAAGGGUUUCUUAAUAAGAUCCCGAACAUUGUACAGACAUGUCCAUAAGUUCAACUUCAGUUAUCAGUAUGAAAACUGUCAAUAUAUCGUUGCGAUAAAAAAUGCAAAAUUUUGUCCGAAGUAUUUUGAACUCUAUGUACCGAAGAUUAAUCCUAAAUAUUUAGGUAUGUGAUGAAAUACAUAUUUAAAAAAUAUUUAGGUAUGUGGUGAAAUACAUAUUUAAAAAUGAAUCGAAUAGAGAUCGACUAAAACGAUUUUUUCUAUAAUUAUUAUAAGUAAUUUGUUAUCUGUGUAGUAUUUUGCAAGAAAAUAAUAAACCAUUCCUCGAUCGAAAAUCAUCACACCUCUUCAAAUCCCUAGAAUUCCAUCAUAUACGGGAUUGUUUACUAAACACAGUGAACAUAUAAUUAUGCUUCUAACAUAUUUUAAGUUAUUAAGUGUAAAGUAACUUUUUAAGUAUUUUCCUAAUUUAGAACCUUAUACAUAUGUCCAUGCCUGGUUCAUUUUAAGCACUCAUACAAAAGUUUAGCUAUAACAGCUUUCAAAAAAGUUUAUAAAAAAGCUUUAUAUUCACUGUAUUAUACCGAAAACACAAUGUUAGCGAUACGAUUUUUUAUAAUAAAAUAAAAAAAGAAUUUAAGAAAAUAUUUUUAUUUAUAUUUCAAUAAAAACCUUUUAUAUAAUAAUAUGUAUGCAAUUAAAAAAGGAACAUUAAACACUUCGAAUAUGUAAAUUAAUUCGGCAUUUUUUUCUUCAAUAUUUUUUUUUUUAAAUUUAAUAAUAUUUAUUGUGGUAUUAGAAGAUUUUAAUAGCUUGGCGUUUUUUUCAAAUUAUAGUAAAUUCCAUUUUAAAUUUUUAAACAUAAAAUAUAUUUU